GCGCGCACUUCGCACGUGUACUAGAAGCGAAUCGCUUUACGCUAAGAAGUUCUCGCUUAGUUUUACACUUGUGUUUAGGGGCGCUAAAGUUUGUAAUAAAAUUAACAAUAAACAUAAAAUAAUUUUCUAAAAUUACGUUCUGAGAAACUGUGGUCAUGUACUUAUUAAUACAGUAGCAUUAUUGUUUGCGUGAUCCAGUAUCCGACGAAAUGAGGAAUAAUCGUGUAUGGAUUUUGUUUUUGAUGGUGCCAUGCAUGUUGGUGUCGGGAAAGCCAGUGCAGCCUCAUCUUAAAGGCGGCGAUGACACACGUGAAGCUGCUGCCUUCAACUACGCUCACAACUUACCAAAGCAACAAGACACUUCCAGCUCCGACCACGAACAAGUCAUAUCUGUAAGAAUAACUUCAUCCGUCGCCGUUGGUAGAGGAAAAUCCAGACCCAAUAAAGUUUUAGAAAAUAAAUACGGAACCACUGUAAGCGAAACUCCACAGACCUUUGCUGUUACAAAGACACUUGAUGUUACAAAUGAGGAGAAAGGCACAACAGAACUUCCCAAUCUAGCAGGUGCUAAUAUAGAAUUCAUCAAACAACUAAAUUCCCGUAAGGAAGCAAGAGGUCUCCAAAACUUAGAAGUCAUUCCUACGUUUCCAUCACAUGUUGAAAAUAAAUACUCCAAUGAAAGCCAUGAUUCCAAAGCAGAGUCUAUGACAUCAAUUCUGGAAAUAGAUAAUAAAAACAUUGAAACUCCAGAUGACAAUAUUCCAAUGGCACGCUCAGUCCCACUAUCACCGUCGUCAAAAAAUUACAUUCCAGGUCUAACACAUAAAUCGUUUAGCCAAAGGGGGAACAAUCAAAGACUAACAACUGUAAAUUUCAACAUACUACAUGACACCCCCACAAUGGAUACUAAUUUCAAUGAACCUGGAGAUGCGUAUGUAAACCCGACUCAAGCACAACCUAGUACUCAGAAGUUCUAUAACGAACCACCUAAGUUCUAUAACGAACCAGCUAAAGUGUAUAGUCAGCCAGCGCAAGUGUACAGCGAACCUGCCAAAUUUUACAGUGAACCGGCUAAAAUAUACAGCGAACCUUCCAAAAUAUACAGCGAGCCAGCCAAAAUAUAUAGUGAACCUGCGAAAAUUUACAGCGAACCAGCAAAGUUUUACAGUCAACCUGCUUCGUUGCAUCUGUCUCCUAACGGCAACUCAGAUUACACAUCAUGGCACCAUCCAUCUCAAAGACCUUUAUUCACAGGCACAGUUGUGAACACCACGCCAGUCACAAUGAUAACCAAUCCUUCAAUAGUGCCUACCACACAGCACAUUGCAGAGCAUCAACCGGAAAAGAAUUACGAAAUAGACGAGAAAAUAAGUGUUCUGACCGAUGGGCGUAGCCACGGAGUACAGGAAUCCAGUAAUGAAAGCUGUAAGCAAGAUAAUUGUAAAGUUGGUUACGUUGUUGAAGGUCGUCAGUACAGGAAGUACAGAGUGGAAGAAAGAACAUCUGAUGGUUAUAUAGUAGGAGAGUACGGCGUUGUAAGAAAUGAAGAUGGGGCGUUGAGAGGUGUAAGAUAUACAGCUGACAGCGACGCUAGCCCUCGUCUCAUAUACGAUGCCCUUAUGAAGUUCCUACAACUGAAGUAAACUCAAAUUUGACUUGUCGAUCCUAAACCUAUUUGCUCAUUUUAAUGUUAAGGUACGUAGGAUUUCCAUUGUUCAUAAAGUGGGUUAUUUAUUAAAGACUGACUGAUAAUUUCAGUAUUGCGUUCAGCAAUACAUGAAAUGCUUUCGCGAAGACGUCAAUUUCGAUACGCUUCAAUAAGUGGACGCCGCAAUAACACUCAUUUUAUUUAAUUGUGAUAUUGAUAUCGUGCCGCACUUAUUUCUUGAAAAUCAUCGGUCAAUUUAUUGAAAUCGAAUAAUACUCGUCAACAUGUCACUAGUUAAUACGAAAUGUGAAAUAUAGUAUAAUUGAACACUCUUUCGGGUAAUUGAAACUUAUCUGCAAAGAGUGUGUGCCAUUGUAGGCGAAAUGUAUAAAUUGAUCCCAUACUCGCUAAUUAGUUAAGUGUAUCAAGUUGUGUAACAUUAAAUUUAAAGAAAUUGAAAUUGAUGUUUUAAUCCAUAACAAGAAUGCUUUAAUUCGU